CUGCGGGACGCACUGUAUCGUAACCCAUCAGAGAAGAAGAACACGAGGAUGAAGAAGAAAUUAAUGCGAGAAAUUGACUGGCGAUACGAUAAAAUCGUAAAAAUACGUGUUCCUUUUUUUGACGCGGGCAAAAGCCGUAGCGGUCACGUAGACGGUCGUCCUCCUCCUCUACUCUCACUACCUUUUCUCCGUCGGCGUCCGCCCACCUCCCUCAGUGAACACGUGUCUGAACCGGUAAUUGCCGGUAUCCGGUUUUCCAACCGCUUUAUCGGCUUUGUCCUUUUUUUUGAAAGGACAUUUACAGCUUCCCCCGGUGAACACGUGUAUGCACCGCCGCAUACCGGUUACCGGUAUUAAAAGAAGGAAGUUGCUUAGUUUCUGCGGGGUCCACCUCCACCUGCACCUCCACCUCCCACCACCACCUCCCGCUUGCCGUCCUUUUUCUGGCUUAACACUUGAUUAAUUUAUUGUAAAAAGAAUUAGUGGCAUAUGGGGUGUGGGCGUUGUAUAUAUAUAGAGAGAGAUACAGUGGGGUAAAGAUUAUUUAAAUUUUUGUUAUAAAAAAAGAGCGAGGAUUAAGAGAGAGAGAGAGAGGGAGAGGGGGAAGGGGACCUCUGAAGAUUUAGCUCUCAAAGCCAAUGCCAAAGCUCGCUUUGAUUUGCAGAGAGAAUCCAAAGGACGAUUAAGAACGCGAAGAACAGAAACAGAGAGAGAAAGAGAGUUUAGAUUUUGAAAAUUCCAAUCAAGUCCUUUCUCUUCUUAUCCAAUCCGUGCUUGGAUUUCUCGAUUUUGAUUAUUGUUUUGUAAAUGCAACGGAAGGAUUGGGGCUGUUGAGUUUGAUUUUAUUGCUUCAACUGGCCAAAUUACAGAGACAUGUUGGAGGGUCGGUCCUGUCUGGUACCAAGAUUGUUUGGUAGCUCCUGCCAGCCAGAAUCCCAGUGGCCUUUCAUGCCUUACCGGUCUAGCAGCAAGCACCCACUAGACGGCUCUGAGGACGAUUAUCGACCACUCAAGUACCCCAGGGUAUCAGAUUAUCGCGAGACUACAGGUGAGCAAUCUGAUGAUGAUCGAGCGAGGCAGUCUUCAGAUUCCGAUCCCCUUAUUGAUGCCAUUGGCCGUGACAUGUCAAUCAAUUGUCUCAUUCGCUGCUCUAGGUCCGAUUAUGGGUCUAUAGCUUCUCUUAAUAAAAGUUUCCGGUCUUUAAUUAGGAGCGGUGAGAUAUAUAAACUCAGGCGGCAGCGCGGUGUUAUUGAACAUUGGGUGUAUUUCUCUUGCCACUUGCUCGAGUGGGAGGCCUUUGAUCCCAUUCGUCGCAGGUGGAUGCAUUUGCCUAGGAUGCCUUCCAACGACUGUUUCAUGUGUUCGGAUAAGGAAUCCUUGGCUGUGGGCACAGAGCUUCUUGUAUUUGGUAAGGAGGUUAUGUCCCAUGUUAUAUAUAGGUAUAGUAUUUUAACUAAUUCUUGGUCUUCUGGGAUGACUAUGAAUGCUCCCAGAUGCUUAUUUGGGUCUGCCAGUCGUGGGGAGAUAGCAAUUUUAGCUGGUGGUUGUGACUCUCAGGGAGGCAUCCUGAGCUCUGCAGAAAUGUAUAAUUCUGAGAAUCAAAGAUGGGAGACACUGCCGAGCAUGAAUAAACCAAGGAAGAUGUGUUCAGCAGUGUUUAUGGAUGGAAAGUUCUAUGUUAUUGGGGGAAUUGGGGGAAGUGAUAUGAAGCUCCUGACAUGUGGAGAGGAGUAUGAUUUAGAAACAAAGAAGUGGACUGAAAUUCCUAAUAUGUCUCCUGGACGGAGUGGUGCUGCGAGAGGGGUUGAAAUGCCUGCAGCUGCUGAGGCUCCACCUUUGGUGGCUGUAGUAAAUAAUGAACUGUAUGCUGCUGUUGACAUGGAGGUCAGGAAGUAUGACAAGGAGAAAAAAUCGUGGCUUAUGGUGGGUGCAUUGCCUGAGCGUGCAGUCUCAAUGAAUGGUUGGGGCCUUGCAUUUAGGGCAUGCGGAGAUCGUCUCAUUGUCAUUGGUGGGCCUAGGACUCACGGUGAAGGUUUUAUAGAGCUCAAUUCGUGGGUUCCAAGUGAAGGUUCUCCACAAUGGAACAUGCUUGCCCAGAAGCACUCAGUUAACUUUGUGUAUAAUUGUGCUGUGAUGGGAUGUUAAGGAGUUGGUUCAUGAGGGCAUCAUGUGGGCUAUAAUGGUUCCUCAUGCUAAUGGGAUGUGCAAGAUUUGUUUGCCUCCAACACAGUUGUCUUGCUAAUGGUAAUUCCCCCCUUAUUUCUUUUUUCAUAUGUUUUCCCUUUUGUUGGGGGGUUGGGUGGGUGGGGAAGAAGUUCAGAUUUUACUCAAGAUUCAAAUAGAAUGCUUUCUUCGAAGUCAGUCUUGAGUUUUCCUUUUUUUUUUUUUCAAAACUUUGUUUACAUUUUCUUUCAUUGGAUUUGCGUCUUCCCCAUUUUUAGUGACAUGAGAAAAUUUAAUGGUUGAUGUCAUGUAGCAGAGAAAUAGGUUUAAUAAUGUGAAGUACCAACACAUUUGGUAGGUGAUCAUUAGUGUUUGCUGAAGCAAUUUCUUUUUCCUCUUUCUAAAGAACACAGAGCUAGUUAUAUGGGUUUAAUGAUCCUUAAUUUUCUUGGCAUUACCUUCAAGGGAGGAAAUAAAUGCUGAGAGGCUGUCAUCCUGGAUGUUAUCUUAUGUACUGAUUACAUUUAUAUGAGAUUCACUUUUG